GGCGGGCGGUGGCGGGCGGGGGAUCGACCGCAGCGCAGCUCGGGCUGCCGCGCGCAGACACAGGGCCUGGCUCCCAAGGGCGCCAGCGCGGCCCCGGGGAGUGCGAGGAGCCGGCGAGCGCGCGGCCUGCCGUUGGCGGGCUCGUCCGCCGUGCCCGGCGCCCACCCGCCCCGAAGGUGGGGCCCAAGCCCCCGGGAAGAUGGUGUCCUGGAUGAUCUCCAGAGCCGUGGUGUUGGUGUUUGGCAUGCUUUAUCCUGCAUAUUAUUCAUACAAAGCUGUGAAAACAAAAAACGUAAAGGAAUAUGUUCGAUGGAUGAUGUACUGGAUUGUUUUUGCUCUCUAUACUGUGAUUGAAACAGUAGCAGAUCAAACGGUUGCUUGGUUCCCCCUGUACUAUGAACUUAAGAUUGCUUUUGUCAUAUGGCUGCUCUCUCCCUAUACGAAAGGAGCAAGUUUAAUAUAUAGAAAAUUCCUUCAUCCACUUCUUUCUUCAAAGGAAAGGGAGAUUGAUGAUUAUAUUGUACAAGCAAAGGAACGAGGCUAUGAGACUAUGGUGAACUUUGGGCGGCAAGGUUUAAACUUAGCAGCUACUGCUGCUGUCACUGCAGCAGUUAAGAGCCAAGGAGCAAUAACUGAACGUUUAAGAAGUUUCAGUAUGCAUGACUUAACAGCUAUUCAAGGUGAUGAGCCCGUGGGACAAAGACAGUAUCAAACUCUACCAGAAGCAAAAAAGAAAAGUAAACCAGCAUCCAGUGGAUCAGCAGGUUAUGGAAUUCCACUGAACGACGGAGAUGAGAAGACGGAUGAAGAAGUGGAUGGAAUGUUUUCAGAUGAUGAGACGUUGACGCACAAAGGGCUUCGAAGAUCACAAAGCAUGAAAUCUGUGAAAACCAUCAAGGGCCGCAAAGAGGUGCGGUAUGGGUCACUAAAAUAUAAAGUGAAGAAGAGACCACAGGUGUAUUUUUAGCCGCCUGCACUUCAAGAAUCCCAAGACAAAUUACGCUAAUACAUCAACUUCAUUUUCAAACAUUAUAUAUUCAGGAUUUACACAUUAAAAUAAUAGUUUAAAUUAUAGCAGUGAUAGGGUUUACUUUCAUUGAUUUAAAUACUUUUUAUUUCUUUAACAAUUACUUCCAAAUUGACUACUUAAAGAUAGUUAUGUAAAGUUUAUUAAUGUGUAUAUCAAAAAUUAUAGGAAAUCUUUUAAUCUGUUUUAAAUUCAACAAUAUCAAAUGCCUGGAAUAUGAGAUAAAAAACAAACCAAAAGUAUACUUGAAAAGUCUUUUUGUGGUUCAGGAUAUAUUAGUCUUUGUGAUAUUGUAUUGUGUUUACCUCCCAUUUAUGUUAUAUAUAUCACAUUAGGAGAGUAAUUAAAUAGACCUCUGACCCAUCAGUCAUAAAAUAGGUCAGAAAAUUAGGGCUUAAUGUAAUUCUUACCUUUAUAAUACUUUCUAGUUUUUCCACUGUCAACUGAAAAUUUUUUAUACAAACAUUUGAAAACCAGGUAUCCACAUAGCACUUUUAUUCCUGAAUAGUUUUGCACACUUGAAAAUUGUUUACUUAUUUUACAAUUAUACAUUUAUUUUAAAUUGUAUUGGCACUACCUUUAUUGUUGUUUGUCACAUUCUGACAUUUCACAUUUGUGCCCUGCAUUACAUCUCUUUUU